AUGCAACUUUCGCUUGCUGAACAAGAUAUUGUUAGGUGGAAUCCUUCAAAAGAUGGAAUUUUCUCAGUCAAGUCUGCCUACAAUAAACUUACUGAAGCUAGAGUACAAAAUCAAGCUACAGUUAAUGAUGUUCCAACAACAGUCUGGAAAGCGCUCUGGAAAAUGAAGCUGCCUCAUCGUGUCAAACUCUUCAUAUGGAAGUGCUUAAAGAAUAUUGUUCCUACAAGAGUGGGAUUAUCUCAGUCGUUGCAAGAUAUUGAAACUCACUGUGAAAUCUGCAAGCAAGAGAAUGAAACUCUUUUCCAUAUACUCAUCAGUUGUUCUCAUGCUAAGGCAGUUUGGCGAGAUCUUAAUAUCAAUAUUGAUCAGAGUAUUACUCAGUGCCAGUCUGUAAAAGAAUGGAUUGUAUCUUGGUUUCAAGAUGUUCAGAAUGCAGGAAGUGACGAUGUUAAUAAUUGGCGGAAUCUGUUAAUGGUAGGAAGUUGGAUAAUAUGGAAGGAGAGGUGUGACUGCGUUUUUCAAGAUAAAACUCUCAAUCCAAUUCGUAUUGCAGAAAGGAUUCAACAUCAGUUGAUUAGUUAUAGCUCCCCUACUCAUGGAGCUUCAGAUGAUGCAUUAAUCAGCACCUCUACAUUACCUGAGAUUACUACUAACUCUACUAUUUGCCUGCAGGAUAUUCUGAAUGAAGCAACCACCUUGAAAUUCUUUGUAGACACUUCAUUUGAUAAACUCACUAAUGAUUGUGGUUCUGACAUUGUCUGUUAUGAUACUGCAGGUGCUUUCGUUGGGUUCAAGAGAUCUCAUGCAGCUGGAAUAAUCGAUGCAGAAGCAGGAGAGCGUAGAGCUGUUCUUGAAGGACUGAGAUGGGAAAAGGCAAUGGACUUAGACAACAUACACAUCAUAUCUGAUGCUGAGACAGUAGUUAACUCGAUCAACAACAUUUCUCUAUCAGUUAGAUGGGAGAAUAGAAGGAUUAUUCAAGAGAUUAAACAGUUGCUUAUCACUUUUAAUUUCUCUAAGCUGUCUUAUGUUAGUAGGAAUUUUAAUUCUUUAGCUGAUUCCAUUUCUAAAGCAGUAAGGAGAGAUAAACUUCUACUAAAAGAGUUUAGUCAUGAUGUUUCACAACUUCAAACAAUGUUAUACAUGCUUUUAGAUCCUGAUAUUUCUUAA